GAGACGUUGUUCUCAGGCCAGUAUUCAGACUUUGUAAGGGGGCUGGAGGUCCAGCAGAUUUGGCAGGAUUAAAGUGUGUGUUGGACAUGACAGACUUGUAGUGUACUCCAAGCUUCAUCAUCAGUGCAGAGCGUUUCACCGCAGAAGAGCUUUGAGUAUGGCAAAAAAGCGUAAGAUCUCGCUACUGGAUGCAUGGCUCAGGAAUCGAGCUGCUCAACCGAAGAAAGCAGAGAAGCUGAAACUAUGGCCGCAACAAUUGGCGUAUCUGAGAGAUCCCGAGCUGGUUUCGUCUCUCGCCCAGCAGAAUGUGAAGAUGGCACAUUUGCUGUCCCCCACAGGCACCGAUGUGUUUCGUCGCUUCACUCCAGAGUCGCUGGCUGAGUGUGAGCGACUCAAGGCCGAGGAAGAUGCUGAAGAGGCACAGAGAAAAGCCCAGAACAUUGAGAUCCCUGAGGAGGAACUUCCCAAACCAUCCAAAGAUCUGGAAGUUGGAAAAUCCUUACCUUUUUAUUAUGGUGAUCCUCCUCCUGAGCUCCUGAAUAUCCCUCUGGAGGAGCUCGACCCUUACUACAAAUCCAAGAAAACUUUCAUCGUGAUCAGCAAAGGGAAUACAAUCAACAGGUUUAAUGUGGAAUCAGCCUGUUAUCUCCUCACGCCCUUUAAUCCCAUCCGUAGGGCCGCCAUCCGAAUACUCAUACAUUCAUUGUUCAGCAUGUUCAUCAUGGUAACGAUCCUGUCCAACUGCUUCUUCAUGACGAUGAGCAACCCGCCAGAGUGGAGCAAAAUUAUGGAGUACGUGUUUACAGGGAUCUACACCUUCGAGGCUCUGAUUAAAGUCUUGUCCAGAGGCUUUUGUGUUGGAAGCUUCACAUUCCUACGAGAUCCAUGGAACUGGCUGGAUUUCAUGGUGAUCAGCAUGGCGUACAUCACUGAGUUUGUGGACCUGGGAAAUGUCUCAGCUCUGAGGACCUUCCGUGUGCUUCGAGCCCUGAAAACAAUCACUGUAAUUCCUGGUCUGAAAACCAUUGUUGGUGCACUGAUUCAAUCCGUGAAGAAGCUGGGAGACGUCAUGAUCCUGACCGUUUUCUGCCUCGCCGUUUUCGCCCUCAUCGGUCUGCAGCUGUUCAUGGGAAAUCUGCGCCAAAAGUGUGUGCUGUGGCCUCCUAGAAGCUUCAAUGACACCGAGGACACCAACAGCACUUUCAACUUUGAAACUUUCCUCAGCAGUCAAGAGGUUUAUUACUACCUGCCUGGUAGUGCAGAUCCACUGCUGUGUGGAAACAGUUCAGAUGCCGGGAAGUGUCCUGAGGGAUACACGUGUAUGAAAGCAGGCAGGAAUCCCAAUUAUGGAUACACCAGCUACGACAACUUCGGCUGGGCCUUCCUCGCCCUCUUCCGCCUCAUGACACAAGACUUCUGGGAAAACUUGUUCCAGCUGACUCUGCGGGCAGCAGGGAAGACCUACAUGAUCUUCUUCGUGGUCAUCAUCUUCUUAGGCUCUUUUUACCUGAUCAACCUGAUUUUGGCCGUGGUGGCGAUGGCGUACGCCGAGCAGAACGAAGCCACCAUAGCUGAAGCCAAAGAGAAAGAGGAGGAGUAUGCCUUGAUCAUGGAGCAGAUCAAAAAGCAAUCCGAGUCUGUUGAGAUGUCCAAAUCAAAUGGAUCCAAAGGAAGUAUGGACUUAACAGAAGUUCCUGGCCAGCAGAACAGGAGAGACAGUGUAGUGAGUGCUGAAAGCCAUACAUUAGAAGAAUUGGAGGAGUUGGAGAGACCCUGUCCACCUUGCUGGUACAAGUUUGCUGACAUUUUUCUAAAGUGGAACUGCUGUGUGCCGUGGAUCAAAUUAAAAAAAAUUUUGUACUUAAUUGUGAUGGAUCCUUUUGUGGACUUGGGCAUCACUAUCUGCAUCGUACUAAACACUGUGUUCAUGGCCAUGGAACAUUAUCCAAUGACUGAAGAUUUUGAGCAUGUUCUGUCUGUUGGGAAUUUGGUAUUCACAGGCAUCUUCACAGCUGAGAUGGUCCUCAAACUCAUAGCACUGGACCCCUACUACUACUUCCAGGUUGGCUGGAAUAUAUUUGACAGCAUCAUCGUGACCAUGAGUCUCGUGGAACUCGGCUUAGCUAAUGUAGAAGGGCUGUCUGUACUCCGGUCCUUCAGGCUUAUGCGUGUCUUCAAGUUGGCAAAGUCAUGGCCUACCCUGAACAUGCUGAUUAAGAUCAUUGGAAACUCUGUGGGUGCCCUGGGGAACCUGACCCUCGUCCUGGGUAUCAUCGUCUUUAUCUUUGCUGUGGUGGGCAUGCAGCUCUUUGGGAGCAGCUACAAGGACUGCGUUUGUAAAAUCGCUGAAGACUGCACACUGCCACGCUGGCACAUGAACGACUUCUUCCACGCUUUCCUAAUCGUGUUCCGGAUCCUGUGUGGUGAGUGGAUUGAAACCAUGUGGGACUGCAUGGAGGUGGCAGGCCAAGGAAUGUGCAUUCUCGUCUUCAUGAUGGUCAUGGUGAUUGGAAACCUGGUGGUAAGUCCUGAAUCUUUUCUGGCGUUGCUGCUCAGCUCCUUCAGCGGAGACAAUCUGUCAUCGUCAGACGAAGAUGGUGAAAUGAACAACCUGCAGAUUGCCAUUUCAAGAAUCACCAGGGGCAUUGACUGGGUCAAAGCCUUCGUUAUUACACACGUUCAGCAUUUGUUGGGCCUGAAACCGAAGGAAGAGGAGGUAAAAGGUAACGAUUUAGUCUUGAACCACGUGGACACGGGUGAGUCGGGGGAUGAGACCAAGGACGAGCUGAAACAGUUUGAUGGAGCUCUGCGAAUGGCUGUUGUUCCUAUUGCAAAGGGAGAGUCAGAUGUUGAAAGCCCUUAUGAUGAUGACAGCGCUUCUGAGAAUGAAGAGGAGAUUGAUGAAAAAAAGAAACUGAAAGAUGCAGACGACUCGUCCAGCUGCAGCACUGUGGACAAACCUCCAGAUGUGAAAGAGGAGGAGUCAGAGGAGGAACUGGAUUCUAUCACUCCAGCGGACUGCUUUACAGAGAAUUGCAUUAGACGCUGCCCAUGCCUGGAUGUGAACAUCACCAAGGGCAAAGGAAAAGCAUGGUGGAAUAUCCGUAAGACCUGUUACUCCAUUGUGGAGCACAACUAUUUUGAGACCUUCAUCAUCUUCAUGAUUCUUCUCAGCAGCGGUGCUUUGGCAUUUGAGGACAUUUACAUAGAGCAGCGACGAGUUAUUAAAAUUAUUCUGGAAUAUGCGGAUCAGAUAUUCACCUACAUUUUUGUCAUUGAGAUGCUCCUGAAAUGGGUCGCGUAUGGGUUCAAGGUCUAUUUCACCAACGCUUGGUGCUGGCUGGACUUCCUUAUUGUGGAUGUCUCCCUGAUCAGCUUGACAGCUAACAUUCUGGGUUACUCUGAGCUUGGACCUAUCAAAUCCCUGAGGACACUGAGGGCUCUGAGGCCGCUUCGUGCUCUAUCCAGAUUUGAGGGAAUGAGGGUGGUGGUUAACGCGCUGGUUGGAGCCAUCCCCUCUAUAUUUAACGUCAUGCUGGUGUGUCUGAUCUUUUGGCUGAUCUUCAGCAUAAUGGGUGUGAACUUGUUUGCUGGAAAAUUCUUCUAUUGCUAUAACACAACCUCUGAGACGUAUUUCACAGCCGAUGAGGUGAACAACAAAAGCGACUGCAUGGAUCUUAUAUAUAAUAAUCAUACCGAGGUGCGAUGGAUGAACACAAAGAUCAACUAUGAUAACGUGGGCAUGGGCUACCUCGCCUUGCUGCAAGUGGCCACAUUUAAAGGGUGGAUGGACAUUAUGUAUGCUGCUGUGGAUUCUCGAUUGGUGGAGGACCAGCCAAUUUAUGAGACAAACCUCUACAUGUACCUGUACUUUGUUAUUUUCAUCAUCUUCGGGUCCUUCUUUACUCUCAAUUUAUUUAUCGGUGUCAUCAUCGAUAACUUCAACCAACAAAAAUCAAAGUUAGGAGGACAAGACCUGUUUAUGACUGAGGAGCAGAAGAAAUAUUAUAACGCUAUGAAGAAACUCGGUUCUAAAAAACCGCAGAAACCCAUCCCACGCCCCCAAAACUGUUUUCAAGGCUUUAUCUUUGACAUCGUCACACAGCAGUUUUUCGACAUCCUGAUCAUGGGUUUGAUCUGCCUGAACAUGGUCACCAUGAUGGUGGAGACGGACGACCAGAGUGUUGAGGUUGAAGAAAUCCUGUACAUCAUCAACUUCGUAUUUAUUGUCCUAUUCACUGGCGAGUGCGUGCUCAAGCUCAUCGCACUGCGACAGUACUUCUUUCACGUCGGAUGGAAUAUUUUUGAUUUCAUCGUGGUCAUCCUUUCAAUCAUGGGCUUGGUCCUAGCGGACAUCAUUGAAAAGUACUUUGUGUCGCCUACGCUUUUCCGUGUCAUCCGACUUGCCAGAAUUGGACGUGUCCUGCGUUUGAUUCGAGGUGCUAAAGGCAUCCGGACGCUGCUGUUUGCCCUGAUGAUGUCACUUCCUGCCCUCUUUAACAUCGGCCUCCUCCUCUUUUUAAUCAUGUUCAUUUUCUCCAUAUUUGGCAUGUCCAACUUCGCCUAUGUGAAAAAAGAGGGCGGCAUCGAUGACAUGUUUAAUUUCGAGACCUUUGGGAACAGUAUUAUAUGUCUGUUCAUGAUCACAACGUCGGCCGGCUGGGACGGGCUUCUGUCCCCGAUUCUCGACAACUCACCCCCCGACUGUGACCCAGAGAUUGAGCAUCCGGGCACGAAUGUAAAGGGUAACUGCGGGAAUGCCGGAGUGGGCAUCGUCUUUUUCUGCACCUACAUUGUGAUGUCUUUCCUUGUCGUGGUGAACAUGUACAUUGCCAUCAUUUUGGAGAACUUCAACGUUGCGACUGAAGAAAGCAGCGAGCCUUUAUGCGAGGAGGACUUUGAUAUGUUCUACGAGACCUGGGAGAAGUUCGAUCCAGACGCUUCGCAGUUCAUCGAGUACAAGGUGCUGGCUGAUUUCUGCGACACCCUGAAAGAUCCGCUGAGGAUCCCCAAGCCCAACAUGAUCAAGCUUAUCUCCAUGGACUUGCCGAUGGUACCUGGGGAUAAGAUUCACUGUCUCGACAUCCUGCUGGCUCUAACAGCUGAGGUGCUGGGCGAGUCCGGAGAAAUGGACAUGCUCAAGUCGAGUAUGGAGGAGAAAUUCAUGGCAAACAACCCGUCUAAGGCCUCAUAUGAGCCCAUAACCAGCACACUUCGACGGAAGCAGGAGGAUGUGGCUGCUCAGGUUAUCCAGAGAGCCUUCCGCAAAUACAAACUCAAGAAUCCUCGCAGAAAGUGUGUCAGCUUCAGGCAGAGGAUCGAGAAGCCUCCAUGUGUGUCUCUGCAGAAUGAGGUGCUUUUACAUUCGGCCCCUUUCACUAUCCCUGACUCGACCUAUGUGGAAAACCUGAAGGAGUCCAUGGUGUAGCUAGAUCUUGCAGAAUUUUCUGCUUACCUGUUCGCCAAAGUGACACAGUUUUCACUGAACUGCUUGUUCUCUAUCAAAAAUGUUCACCUCCCCGAUAUGAAGAGAAUGUCAGUGUGAGCCGCUUUACAGUCCACUAUAAAGAACUCAAAUCAGUGAAGAAGCAGAUGAUGUGAAUUAAAAAAAAAAAGUCUGUUAUGUAGCGAUUUUUGUUCUUUCAGCACAAUUUCCUAGUCCCAGAAGAAAUGAAGUACAAACCGAGUGGGGGACGUUUCGAUCAUCUGUGAAUACUUUUGAUACAAGACUGAAGAAAUGGUUUGCUUACAUGCUGCAAAUAUAGAAGGUUUUUCCCCUUUUCAUCGUUAAGACUUGCGCUGUAGCAGAUGGUCAUAUAUCACCAAUAACACAAACCUGAGAUAUGUAUCUGAUUUACAUUAUAUACAUCUUUUUAUAUGGCUUGCUAUAAAAUCAGAUCAAGUCAAAGCUACUGAUAUUUUGCAGCUAUGACAAUAUAAACCACUUAUUAUUACAGUUAUCAAUUUGUUUCUGCUAGCUCUGUCUCUUAAUAUUGUUUAACACCAGCCUGUCUCGGAAAUAUGUGUUUUCUCCCCUAUGGGAGUGGGAGGGAACAGGAAUAGGAGGGAAUGGGAAAUGGAGGGGAAUGGGAAAAGGACUGAGAAUAGGAAGGAAUGGGAAAGGGAGGGAACAGGAAUGGGAGGGAAUGGGAGUGGGAGGGAAUAGGAAUUAAACUGAGAAUGGGAGGGAAUAGGAAUGCACACAGGAGUGGGAAUGCUUUACCUUGGAAUUAAAACCCCAAAGUUGUUCAGCAAGUUAUAAGAAAUCCUUUUUAAAGUAGACUCUAAUAAAUAUACUGUAGGUUAAUAAUAUGUUCAAAUAUAAUGUUAUAAUAUUCAGUAUAAAUGUUGGAUUUGGAGCCUCUUUAAAAAAAUAAAAAUAAGGGACAUAGGUUUUCUUUACAUUUAUAAACAGUCUUAUCCACCAUUUUGUGCUGCUUUGAAUUUUCAUAACUUUACAUUUCUGGUCAUUCACACGUUUAUCAGGCGCAAGUUACAAUGAUCUCACUUACACAACGGAGUAGGUGAGGGUAGGGGCCUUGCUCAAGGGCCCAGGAGUGGCAGAUUGACAGCAGUGGUAGGAUUUGAUCUCAUGAAUUCUUAACUGAAAAAGUGAAUAAAUGUGAAGUUUUAUAACUUACUGGAUAGUUCAUUGCUAGUUUGCAUGUUCUUCUUUCCUGGCAAAAACGCCACUGCUUUAAUGAAGGCGUUGUUUUUUUUUCUUUACUUUAAAGUAAAGUUGGAGGCAGACUGUGUUCAUGUAGUGGAUGACGAUGCGUUGGGAACAGUAUUUGAACGCAGGUUUAGGCAUGGCAGCAAUUUCAUACGCCAACUAUAUUCAUAUUUCAUAAACCUACAGCAUAAAAAAAAACACAUUUUGACUUUUUUGACUUGGCUGUGAAAGAUAAAACCUUUGCAGCAUUAGGCUUAAUUAAAAAGGAUUUUGGGAUUUUGUAUAGUUAUAGCUUCAUUGUUUGAGUUGAGAUGGAUAUGUUUAAGGUCUUAAAAGCUUUUUUACUGUAAAACUUGUACAUUUGUAUGAAUUUGCAUGGGUCGGCUUGCAUGACUUGUUAGCGACGGUACAGAAUCAUGCCUCUGAUAAAUAUGGUGUAAUUUGGUUUAUCCAUUGAAGGGUUAUACUGCUAUGAUCUAAGAAGCUAGCUUUCCACUGGAAUUAUAUACUGUUGUAAAAUUCACUUUAUAGACUUUAAGCUUAUGUUUUUUUUUUUUUUUUACAGUUGUCACUGUUAUUGCCACAGACCAAAACUACAUGAUCAGAUUAGCAUUCAGACCACACAAAUCCAAUCUCUGUGUAUGCGCUCGCUAUCACAUCCUAAUGGACGGAGCUUUAAGCACUUGGUGAUUCAAUGGCGUUAUGCCAAUAAAUAUAAUAUCGUACAGACAGGGAUUAACUGUCUAAGAUCAUGUAUAAAUAUGUGGAUGUGUCCUGAGUGGAUAAGGAAGGAUUUUGGGCCCUUUUCCGUUUUCAUUAGAUUUGUUUAGACGUUAGUUGUGUUUACUGUCCCAUUUUUCAGUUCAUGUAAAUAUAAACAUUUCUUCAUUAAAACAUUCAACAAUAUUCAAUAAUAAAUUUUUCUUUUUUUAUUAACUUGAUAAUACAUUAUUUGAAAAAUUAUUUAUUAAAUUAUAUUAACUAAUAAAAAUGUUUAUUCAAUAAUAAUAAUAAUAAUAUUCCAAAUUAUUUUGUUAAUUUGAUCAUUUUCAAUAAUAAGCAUCUUUAUUCAAUAAUGUUCAGUAACACAUUUCUUUAUUCAAUAAAUAAACCUUUAUUUAAUAAUAUUCACAAUAGAAAUGCUUUAAUAAACUAAAAACUUUAAAUAAUUUCAUUAUAUUGAAUAAAAACCUUUUGUAAACUAGUUAUAUUUAAUAAUAAAUGAUCCACUAAAACCUGUUUCCUGUUUAAACUAUUUUUCUUCAAUUUAAAGUUUUUAAAUGAACAUCAAUACAAAUUAUUAGAUUAAGAUUCAUUUGUAAAAAAGUUUUUUUUAGGCUUUUAAAAAUGAGGUCAGAUUUUUUUUUCCCCUUUUUCUAAAUGAUUAUGAUUAACAUUUGACAAAAAAAAAAAAAUAUAUAUAUUUUUUUUAAUCAUUUGAUAAUUGUGUUUACAAUGAAUGCACUUAAAUGCUUCUUUACUUAAUGUUCUUUCAUUCUCGUAAAGGGAUGGGAGUGUGUGCUGUCUACAGUUAUCAGAAAUAUCAUGUGUGAGAUCAAUGGGUUUUUCCAAAUCUAUAUAAAUGAUAAUACAGUAAACAGGAAGUUUGUAAAUCCUUCAGCUUUAUGUUCAGUCAGAAUGAUUCAUUAGUGUAAAUAAACAGAUGUGUAGCGAUAAUAAGAAAGUAAAGUAACCUACUUAAAGGUACAUAAUGUUCAUGUAUCUGAUAUAAACACUAACAGACACUUAAUAGCAAUAACUCGAAUCGAACAUGAAUCAUGGUCUUGACAUGUUUCUAGCGUGUGUGUAUAAAGUUUUUUUUUUUUCUGGCAGCGUUUAAAUGCCAGAGAAUGGAUUUGGACUGAAUACAAUAUCAUUGAAGGUCAUUAUUCUUCUAGAACAGUGCAUCUUGGAACGUCUUAAUCCCCUUGUACCACUGUAACAGUAACCACAGCACUUUCCAAUUUAUACCCCCAAAUAAAAGUCUGUGAGAUGAUCUCUUACCAGCCUCUCCUUUUUCUCCUCAUUAUAAAAAUUAUAGAAUUAUUAUAUCAGUAUUAGGUCAGUAUCGACAAACAGCACCUCCUGGCCAAUCAGUGUAGAGAUAUUAACACUGCUGCAGUAUGAAUAUAAACUAUAUUUCUAUAUGUGGCAUGAAAAAUGAUGUUUUCUACCACUGCUUUUCAGUCCAGUUCUUAAUUCUCUGUGUGAUCAGUGAAACAUCCUGGUGACCAUCCACAACCAUGAGGCACUUUUGAUUUACAUGACAGAACUGUACCUCUGUACUCUGUAACAUUCUGUAUAAUUCGUGUAUAAAAUGUUUUUUUGAGGAUAGAAACUAAUAAAGUAGAAAACCUUUUCUUUAAA